AUCCUCUCCACCUCUAACCUCUCACAACUCCCUCAGGUUUACCCUCAGAGUUGUUGUAGCUGUAGCUAGCCAGCUAGCUAAAGAGGGCGAUGUUUUUUGAGAAUAAAGUGUUGUCUGGCGGUUAAACUGGAUUAAACACGACAACAUGAGCUGGAUUCCAUUCAAGAUUGGACAACCGAAGAAACAGAUUGUUUCAAAAACGGUUGAAAGGGACUUUGAGCGGGAAUAUGAGAAGCUCCAGAAAUUGGAAGACCAAACAAAGAAGCUGCAUAAAGACAUGAAGAAGAGCACAGAGGCUGACAUAGCCAUGUCUAAAGCAGCCGUAAAGAUCUCUGGGGACCUGUUGAGUAACCCGUUGUGUGAGCAGGACCAAGCCUUCCUGGACUCCAUGAUGGCUCUGGAUACAGCCAUGAAGAGAAUGGAUGCAUUCAACCAGGAGAAGGUCAAUCAGAUUCAGAAGACUGUGAUUGAUCCUCUGAAAAAAUACAGCAGUGUGUUCCCCAGUCUGAACAUGGCGGUGAAGCGGAGGGAGCAGGCUCUGCAGGAUUAUAAGAGACUGCAAGCUAAAGUGGAGAAAUACGAAGAGAAGGAGAAGACGGGACCCAUCAUGGUUAAGCUCCAUCAGGCUCGUGAGGAGCUGAGGCCAGUCAGGGAGGAUUUUGAAGCCAAGAAUAAGCAGCUAUUGGAAGAGAUGCCCAAAUUCUACAACAGCCGCAUCGACUACUUUCAGCCCAGCUUCGAGGCUCUCAUUCGAGCACAGGUUGUGUACUUCACAGAGAUGCACAAGAUCUUCAGUGAGUUGACUGAUCAGAUUGAUCAGGGUGGCCUGACGGACGAAGAGAGGGAACAGCAGAACGAGACAAAGCUAAACGAGUUGCGUGCUCUGUCCAUCGUAGCUGACGACUGAGAGAAGUGAAUGUUCAGCCUGUUUAUUCUUUUUCUUACACCUUUUCCCAAACGCGUUGUUUGUUGAUCGUCAGAUGAUUGUUAGUCUCACUUGUCCGAUGAACUGUGAACGAUCAGUUGAGUAGAUGUAGAAUUUUAAUUAUUUAUUCCGUACCUUCUACUUUCAGUGAUAAGGUGACUAAUGAAUUUCCUUUAGAUCUUCAUUGUUAUAGUUUUAGACCUACUGAUCAGACCUAGAUUACAGUUAUAUUAUAGCUAACAAGAAAUCUGAGAAAUGCACUAUGUAAUAAGAACCUGAGUUGAGGAGCAGACUUCCCUUUUUUAUGUAACUAAAGUAUUUGGAAAAUGAAAGAAUAUCAUCUUUAAGUAGAGCGUCACUGGAUUUGUGCAUAUACUUUAUACCCGAUUGAUGAUUUCAGAUGAUGUUGAAUUGGUUCAGCGUACAAUAACAGCACUGGUUUAUUCCACACUUAUAUCCCUGACACAAUAAAGGUCACAACAAAUAUUCAAGUGACCAACACAAAACUUUGUUUGAUAUAGACGUGAAGUGUUCAGUCAGUGUUUAUUCACUUUAGGUUGUCCAGCUGUCUUAAAGUUAAUUAAACUGAAGUGUCUGAAAUUGUAGUUCAUGAACGUACUUGAAAUCAGUUGCUCAGUACUGUAGCGCCCUCUACUGUCAGAAACAAAACAUCCGUUCUUUCAGCCUUUACAGAAACUGACUUCCUUUGUGUUCCUAGUAGAUGUUCUUUGUGUGUGGUGCAUUUAAACAUUAUAGCCUUUAAAAAUAUUAUUUUGCUGCAUUCACCAGUUUCUACAGCCAUAACAGUUUUGGAUUAUGUUCAGGACCAAUCAAGAAAGCAUCUUCAUCUUCAUUUUGUAUGGAAAUGUAACUAGGAAUAAUCCGCGUUUGCCAAAAUAUAAAGACGUAAUGACAAUCGUCCCAAUGUUGAUUUUGCUACACUGACGCAUCUGUCAUUUGGUAAUGUUUGGGUUUGAAAUGAUGUUAAAUUACGUGCCUUUAGUGUUUGGUUUUGUGCUCUCAGGACUUGGCUUCUGGCUAAAUGAAUGUUCUGAUGUUCCUGAUUUGCAGACCUGCCUGUUAUGGGGAACUCCAUCGAUGUUUCUAAUGUAUGGAUUGUUCACCUCUCAAAAGAACUGUCAUUCAAUGUGGUUUAAUGUGCAGCCCAGAGAAACUUAACAACACAGGUUUCUUUAGUGGUGCUGAUGAUAACAAGAGGUCACAAUAUGUACAAAAGAGAUUCAUCUCCAUGUAUCUCUACUAUGACUGGAUAUUAAAAUCACUAUCUUCUCAAAGUAUCAGAUGAUAUUCAUACUCAUACCUUUCUGUGAGGGAGAGUUCAGAGGCAUUAGUCUCUUCAGACGUCGGGUUCCCAUCACCACCACGGUGAACAGUUCUGACUCAGUCUAGAGCAUUUCACGCGUGCUAUGUUGCCACUUCAACAUAUUCAAUUUUGAAACAUUAGUGGAAUUCCACUUAGUCUCAGUUGUACAUUCUUGCUAAGACCUUGAGUACAACAGCCUGUCACUUCUUUUCUGUUUUUUUGUUGACCGAAAUCCCAGUUGGCAAGUCCUUUGAAACCUUUGUAAGAUUUGUAUUGGUCAUUUUAUAUCUGUCCUGUGAAGUCCUUAAAUAAAUUGAUUAGUAAAAUA